AUGAGUUCUUCAUGGCUGUCCUUCGAGCGGUUCAUCCACAGCAAGUUUGCCACCAUGUGCCGCCGUGGCCUCGUUGUGUUCGGCUUAUUCGGUGUAGGAAGUGACUAUUAUCUCAUGCACUACUACGAGGCCUUUGAGCCAAGUGAGGGCAAGUUGUACUACAUCGACUGGAGCCCUAUUGGGAGGCCGCGUUGUCAGAUCCAUUUGUUGCCCAACAACAACUAUCCCAACUACAGUCCAUGGACUCCAAGGAAUGGUGAUGUCGUGCUUGCGCGAAGUGUGCCACACGAACCUAACUGGAUUCAGCUAAUUAGUGGAAGAUUUGUGGAGCGCGAGACGUGUGGGGUACAGCUUGCUGUGCCUAUUGAGGAGGUUCAGGAACGACAGCGACGUGAGGAACGCGGCAAAGAGGAGUUAAAGAAACUUCUUGGGGUAAAAGAUGCGACAGAUGAGCAGCUAUGA